GUCUCUCUCAAGAUCAUAGCAAUGGCUAACAAUAUUAAUGAUGAAAAACAGCCAUUUCAAUCUACUAAUUCAAAACCUGCCAAACCCUAUACUUCACCAUUAAACAACGUCUUCCAUUUUCUUUUAUUCAUUAUUGGUUUGUCACUAGGUAUGUUAUCUUGUUCAUAUUUCAAAAGCUUAUUGUCUCCUAUUUUCACUUCACAAAUUUCUCUAUAUUCUUCCUUCUUUUCUUCUCCUCCGUCUCCUCUACCGCCUCCGUCCGAACCUGCCGGAACAAAUAUGACAUCUAGUACUAAUUUUACUAAUGCUUUCGAUUCAUUUAAACGACGUGAAUCGCUCAUGCACAAUAUCAGCGACGAGGAGUUGUUUUCGAGAGCUGCUAGGGUUCCGAAUCCGACUGAAGUGAAGAUAGUUCCAAAAUUGGCUUUUAUGUUCUUGACAUAUGGAUCAAUUCCUUUUGCUCCUUUGUGGGAGAAGUAUUUUAAAGGGCAUGAAGAUCUUUUUUCCAUAUAUGUACAUCCACAUCCCUCUUAUAAUGAUUCAUGGCCUGAAACUUCUGUAUUUUAUGGUAGAAGAAUUCCUAGCCAGAUAGUGACUUGGGGGGAGAUAUCGAUGGUAGAUGGAGAGAGACGCCUAUUAGCAAAUGCUCUUCUUGACAUCUCAAAUCAAAGAUUUAUACUACUCUCUGAAUCUUGCAUUCCUAUAGUCAAUUUUAAAACAGCUUAUAACUAUCUCAUCAACUCCAAUUUAAGCUACGUAGAAUCAUAUGACAAUCCAGAUAAAGGAGCUCGUGGUCGAUACAAUCCGAAAAUGUCGCCAACAUUAAAUGUAACACAUUGGAGAAAAGGCUCACAAUGGUUCGAGUUGCACCGUAACCUUGCUGUUCACAUUGUGUCUGAUCAAAAGUAUUAUCAACUUUUUCGAGAUUAUUGUCGUGCACAUGCAUGUUAUUCCGAUGAACAUUACAUUCCGACAUUUUUGAACGUACUCUAUCCGAACACAUCGGCCAAUCGGACCGUUACUUACGUUCUUUGGCCAAAAAAGAGUGCACAUCCCCGAAAAUUCGGAUUGAGCGAUAUUUCCGAAGAGUUCUUGAAUUGGAUUCGAUACGGAUCAAAAUGUAAUUAUAAUGGGAAUGUUACCUCAGUAUGUUUUCUAUUUGGUAGGAAAUUUGCACCAGAUGCUUUGGAUCCUUUGUUGCGGAUUUCUCCAUUUUUGCUCGAUUUUGAUCCUUGAGUUAUUUUUGGUUACACUAGAAUGAUUUUAUUGUAAUAAAAGUAUAAUUAUAUACUUGAAGUGGUGGCAUCAUAAUGUACAAUUAUCUUUGUUGGAAUAUGCCUAGAAUUCUAAUUCCUAUUUGUAUUAGGACUCUAUUAAUGAAGUGUUUGGGAGAAGGAUAACUUUGUUAUCAUUGGCUAACUAGAAAGUAUAAAUCCAAUUAGGAUUAAUAUUCCUAAUGCCAUAUAGACUAUUUAUUCACUAUAUAUACACUAUCUUAUUUACCUUUUAGAAGACACCAAAAACCGAACACACAAUGUAGCCAUUGAUGUGAAUAAGGGGAAAAAGAGGGUGUGUGUGAUGUGAGGAAUAUAAGUUAAUUCUUACCCUUUCGGGUUACUUCUUGUAGAGAGUUAAACACUUUGUGGGUUUUUCUUCUAAGGGCAUAUUUGUUAGAGAUGUUCUCUAUUUGGUGAUUCUCCACCAAUUUUGUACUCCUUUUGAUGAUUAGUGGAUGGCUCGAAUCUUUCGCCCGUGGAUGUACGCUUUAAAGCAGAACCACGUAAAUCUCUUGUGUUAUUUAUUAUUUUGCUAUAUUGUUAUUUGUUAAUCAAAUCCAUUAUUAAAUACCUACCGAAUGGUUUCGAUUCCGCUGCGCAUACCAAUCCGGUCAAGAACCGGUCACGACAAUUGGUACCAAAGGUUCAACAAUCGGUAUCAAUGUUA